CAUCACCACCUCCAACUUCUCCUCCUCUUCACAGCUGCAUAUAUAUGUAUAUAAUCACGCAAAUACAAACUCUUUUUUCACUUGGAGCUUAAUAUUUUAUACUUUGCCAUCAAUUGAAGCUAAAAGGUAUAAACACAACGCUCCUUAUUUUAGUAAUAAUCCAAUUUCUCUCUUCUCAAUCUCUCAGUUUCAGAGCUCAGACUUGGUAUCUGAUGGGAAACUGACUGUUUUUCCCCUCGUUAUUGAGAUCGGGUCGGUUGGUAUAAAAUGCGGGUCAAGGAAUUGCAUCCUCUGUGUUGUAUUUCCUUGGAGAGUCCCAACGGUAUCGGGGACCAGUCGCCGGAGACUGCUCCCUGGGCACUGACGAGGGCGAGGAGCUUGCCAGCCACCGCCUUUGCUGGAUCUGACGCUGGAAAUGGUGGCAGGGCGACUGCGGGAUCUGAGGCCACCGUGGCCGGGGUUCUCUACAAGUGGACCAAUUACGGCAAGGGCUGGAGAUCGAGGUGGUUCCUUCUAAGAAACGGAAUCUUGUCGUACUCGAAGAUUCGCCGCCCAGAGAGUUUGAAUCUUCUCCCGCCGUCCGAUGACGUCAGGUUGAUCGGAGAUGUGUCCACAAAUAGGCUCUCGCGGAUGGAUAGUUGCAGCGGUAGACGGAAGCAGCAGAAAACCGUCGGCAUUGUUCAUCUAAAGCAGAUCUCAUCUUUCCGCGAAAGCAAAUCUGACGAUAGGAAGUUUUAUAUAUUUACUGCAACAAAGACUCUUCAUCUAAGAACCGACUCUAGGAGAGAUAGAGCAGCUUGGAUUCAAGCUUUGGUCUCAACUAGAAGCCUCUUCCCUUUAAGAUCGCUGAAUGAUAAUCUCUCACUUCUGCCAAAUAAUUUAUCUAUAUCAACUGAGAGGCUAAAGAAGCGCUUAAUCGAGGAGGGAAUUGGCGAGAACCUUGUAAAGGAUUGCGAACAGAUCAUGCUCUCUGAAUUCUCUGUAAUACAUGGGCAGCUUAAAGUUCUAUGUGAAGAACGUUCAAAUUUGCUAGAUACACUGAGGCAGUUAGAGGCAGCUAAUAUUGAAGCUGAGCAUCAGAUUCAUGAUGGUGACUACCAACUGAGAAAGCACGAGUUUUCCAGUCUAGGGCGUGGAAAGUAUAGUGAAUGCAGCACUACCGAAUCAUCUGAUGAUGUUGAAAAACAAGAGCUGGAGGAUGUGUCUGAUGAGGAUGAAACUUACUUCUAUGAUACAGAAGAGUAUUUUACCGAACCCAAUGUUAGUUGUGGGUCUGUGAUUGGGACUGGUCAUCAUGCAGAGAAGCAUAAAGGAGACAGAAAUCAAUUUUGUAAUGCAGAGAAGAUGCAUACUGAGAAUCAAGAUUGUAAGUCUGGAUAUCCACACAUUGAAAGACGAAAAAAGCUUCCUGAUCCUGUUGAAAAAGAGAAAGGGGUUAGUCUUUGGUCUAUGAUCAAAGAUAACGUUGGAAAAGAUCUUACUAGAGUUUGUCUCCCAGUUUACUUUAAUGAACCAAUAUCAUCCCUUCAGAAAUGCUUUGAAGACUUGGAGUACUCUUAUCUUUUGGACAGAGCAUAUGAAUAUGGAAAAGCAGGUAACAGCCUUCUUAGGGUUCUAAAUGUUGCUGCUUUUGCGGUUUCUGGGUAUGCUUCGUCUGAAGGUCGUCACUGUAAACCUUUCAAUCCUUUACUAGGAGAAACAUAUGAAGCUGACUAUCCUGACAAAGGAGUUCGUUUCUUCUCCGAGAAGGUUAGCCACCACCCAACUCUCAUUGCCUGCCACUGUGAAGGCAAAGGGUGGAAAUUUUGGGGUGACAGCAAUCUCCGUACUAAAUUUUGGGGCCGAUCUAUUCAACUUGAUCCUGUUGGAGUUCUGACUCUAGAAUUUGAUGAUGGAGAAAUAUUCCAGUGGAGCAAGGUUACAACUGCCAUAUACAAUCUUAUCAUUGGAAAAGUGUACUGCGACCACCAUGGUUUAAUGAACAUUCAGGGUAAUCGGCAGCAUUCAUGCAAACUCAAGUUCAAAGAGCAGUCUAUUCUUGACAGAAAUCCUCGCCAGGUUCAUGGAUUUGUUGAAGAUGUUUAUGGGGAAAAGGUUGCCACUGUUUUUGGUAAAUGGGAUGACAGCAUGUAUUACGUAAACGGUGAUGGGAAUGGCAAACCGAAGGAUUGCAGUCCCUCGUCAAAUGCCUCCUUGUUGUGGAAAAGGACUAAUCCUCCUCCUAAUCUUACCCGGUACAACUUAACGUCAUUUGCGAUCACUCUAAAUGAGCUGACAGAAGGACUGCAGGAGAAGCUCCCGCCGACGGACUCUAGACUUAGACCAGAUCAGCGCCACUUGGAGAAUGGAGAAUAUGAGAAAGCAAAUGCGGAGAAGCAACGUUUAGAGAGGAGGCAAAGAAUGUCAAGGAAAUUACAGAAAAUGGGUGGAAACCCAGAUGGUUCCAGAGAGAAAGUGAAGAUGGACCGUUCCGGUAUGUGGGUGGCUAUUGGGAAUCGAGAGAGCAAGGAAAGUGGGAUGGAUGCCCACACAUAUUUGGCGAGUUCACCGCAGAAAUUGCUGAUUCCUCUGAAGGGCGAUGACUAUAAUUUUGGUGCGUAUAUUCUUGAUGCUAACUGGAAAUAUACUUUGCCAAGUGCAGCUCCUUUUGUCUCCAUUUACCUUAUAUGAUGUGUCCUAUUCUGUCACGAACUAUAAGUCCAGAGGCACACUUGUGUUUGAAGUAAAUGAAAUUUGAUAGUCUGCCCAAAUUUUAGGGUCCAUCUACAGUGCCCUCAAGGUUUCAUAUUUAUACACAUUUAAGUGCCGUCGAGGACAAAUAGAAAACUGUAUGCUAACAGUGGAAUAAGUAAAUGUAUUACAUUCAGUUGUAAAAGGAAGUUAUUAUAUUCUGCGUUAGUGUAAACAGACACUAAACUUUACUAUGGAAGGUCAAUCUAGAGCUAUACUUUUUCCAGAUCAAGAUAUAUAGUUAUGUUUUGCCAGUGUUAUGAUAAUUGUUUGUCUUCUGUAUGUGAAAAAAGUGAGUUACAAAGCUGUUAAUGUUAUAGGGGGAA